AUGAAGACGGCGAUCCUUCUCGCGGCGGCCAGCUCGGCGUCUGCUGCUGUCUACAAGACGCCACUCAAGAAGAUCUCGCUUUCUGAGCAGCUGGAACAUGCCAACAUUCAGACCCAACUCGCUGGCCUGAAGCAGAAGUACUCCCACCAGCGCGUGGCCAACUUCCAGCCUCAGUCUCAGAUGGCGGCUGCCCUGAAGGCGCCCCACAUUACAGACGGAUCGCACCCUGUGCCCAUCUCCAACUUCCUGAACGCGCAGUACUUUUCCGAGAUCUCCCUCGGCACACCUCCUCAGUCUUUCAAGGUUGUACUUGACACGGGCAGCUCUAACCUAUGGGUCCCAUCGACUGAGUGCAGCUCCAUCGCUUGCUAUCUCCACUCCAAGUACGACUCGUCUCUCUCAUCUACAUACAAGGGGAACGGUUCGGAAUUCGCCAUCUCGUACGGAUCGGGUUCUCUGAGCGGAUUUGUCUCGAACGAUGUUUUCCAGAUCGGCGACGUGAAGGUGAAGAACCAGGACUUUGCCGAGGCUACCUCUGAGCCUGGUCUCGCAUUUGCCUUUGGCAGGUUCGAUGGCAUCAUGGGUCUUGGCUACGACACUAUUAGUGUCAACGGCAUAGUCCCGCCGUUCUACAAUAUGAUUGACCAAGGUCUGCUCGACGAGCCUGUUUUUGCCUUCUACCUUGGUAACACCAAUGACGGCACGGAGUCUGAGGCCACCUUUGGCGGUGUCGACAAGAGCCACUACACGGGCAAGCUGACCAAGCUUCCCUUGAGGCGCAAGGCCUACUGGGAGGUUGACCUUGAUUCCAUCACGUUUGGCGACGAGACUGCUGAGAUGGACGACAUGGGUGCCAUUCUGGACACUGGCACAUCUCUGAUUGCUCUCCCCUCGGCUAUUGCUGAGCUUCUCAACAAGGCGAUUGGCGCUAAGAAGGGCUACAACGGCCAGUACUCAGUCGACUGCAGCAAGCGCGACAGUCUGCCCGACCUUACUUUCAAGCUUACUGGACACGACUUCACUAUUGACGCCUAUGACUACGUUCUCGAUGUCCAGGGAUCUUGCAUCUCUGCUUUCAUGGGUAUGGAUAUCCCCGAACCUGCCGGACCUCUUGUUAUUCUCGGCGACGCUUUCCUCAGGAAGUGGUACUCUGUCUACGACCUGGGCAACUCUGCUGUCGGUCUUGCAAAGUCCAAGUAA